CAUUCGCUCCUUUUCCACCCCGUGUCCAGAAAAAUCCCUAGAUCGCAUUUCUCCGCUGCUUCCUUCCCCAGAGUCGCAGAAUCCUUCCGUUCUCAGAUUAGAUCGGAGCGAUUCCUCGCUGCUUUCAGCAGAUUGAGGUUUCGAUCCGUUUCCAAUGCAGGGGUUGCAGCUUUUUCCGGGAUUUCAAAGCCAAUGGCGUGGAUUUAAGAGAAGUAGCAUCUUUUUCAUGGGGAAAACUUGAGAAAAACGCGUUUUAGAGCGAUUUUUGAGCUCCGUAGCUCCAAUUUCAGCAAUGCGGUAUGAAAUCUCUCUUUCUACGGGUUUCUAUGAGCGGAUUUGAAUGUUAGAUGAAAAAUGGCGGCUCGGAGUGGUUGAAUUAGCCCAAGAUUGCUUGUAUUUUUUAAGUGGAUGCUUUUCUAGGGUUUGGUGGGGAGAUCCAUUCAAUUCUGUCAGUACUUCGAGAAGGAUGUGAUUUGAAGGGCUUAAUUGGUAGAUUUGAGUUUUUAGCGGCUGGAUUCAGCCCUAGGUUGGGUAAAAUUGGAGAAAUCGGGGGAUUUCGGCGCGGAAAUCACAGAUCUGAAGAAAAACUCGGAGAUUUUUUUAUGUCAGGAGCUCCGAAGGUGAGGUCGAUGAAUGUGGCGGAUUCGGAAGCAAGGCCGGUCCUCGGACCUGCUGGAAACAAAGCAGGGGUGCUAGUUGCACGGAAACCUGCGUCGAAGCCUUCAAGGAAGGUGGAGAGAGCAGCAGAAGUUGCAGAGGCGGCGGAGGAGAAGAAGAAGACUCCGCCUCCUGCUGUUGUUGCUUCAUCAUCCCCGCCAGAUUUGAUGCAUUCUCUUAGUUUUCCUUCAGCGUUAAGGAGGCAGGAGCAGCUUUUGCAGUCUAAUUUGUCACUCAAUGCUUCUUGCUCCUCGGAUGCUUCAUCUACCUCAGUGCGCAGUCGAGCUUCUACCGGAAGGAUUGUUCGAACAUAUCCUGCACGUCGGAGGAAGCAAUCCAGUCCGAAGCCAGAGAAGAUUGUUUCGGACAGUGUUUCUUCACAGGAAACUCUGCAGGGCAAGAAGAGGUGUGCGUGGGUGACACCAAACACUGACCCAUGUUACGCUGCCUUUCAUGAUGAAGAAUGGGGAGUUCCAGUCCACGACGACAAGAAACUCUUUGAGUUGCUUGUGCUAUCAGGUGCAUUGGCUGAACUUACAUGGCCAGCCAUUCUCAGCAAAAGGCACAUAUUCAGGGAGGUUUUUGCAGAUUUUGACCCUGCUAAUGCUGCUAAAUUGAAUGAGAAGAAGAUCGUAGCACCUGGAAGCACUGCCAGCUCCCUAUUAUCGGAGCCAAAGCUGCGUGCGGUCAUUGAAAAUGCACGGCAGAUAUCCAAGAUUGUAGAUGAGUUUGGAUCUUUUGAAAACUACUGCUGGAGCUUUGUGAACCACAAGCCGAUCGUCAGCUGCUUCAGGUACCCUCGGCAGGUUCCUGUGAAGACUCCUAAAGCGGAUGUGAUAAGCAAAGACCUAGUGAGGAGGGGUUUCCGGUGUGUGGGCCCCACGGUGAUCUAUUCUUUCAUGCAAGCCGCAGGAAUAACCAACGACCAUCUCAUCGGUUGCUACAGAUUCCAGGAGUGCAUCGUCGGAUCGGAAUGUAACGAAGAGGACAAGAGCAAAGCUAAGGUAGAGGAGAAGAAAGAGGAGAACGCUGUGGGUUUGGAAUUGGCAAGUGCUGUCCAUGAGUUGAAUAUCUCACAGUGACUGUUGCAAGUGAGGAUGAGGAAGCCUGGCAGGCAGCGGGAUGGCUCAUAUCAUCCAUGUAUACGAUUUCACGGGCAGGCAGUACAGGCAGGCUGACUACUCUUUCAUAUGGGAUUGCGGAAGGCGGUGGUGGUUUGUGUAUAAAAUGAUUAUGAAUUUUAUGCAUCUUUGUUUGUAGAUUAUGAAGAGAAACAACUGUGUGAAUGCGCCAUAUCAUUCA